AAUAUUACGUAAUGAUGAGUCCAGAUCCAAAAUUAGAGUUUAGUUCGACCCUGGCCAGCCUCCAAAGCUAAACAAAAAUGAAACUUUGCAUCUCAUUUUCGGUGAUAUUACUUAUUUCUGUGUGCAAUCCAGCAAAUGCAGGAUCUCGCCCAGUUUCAAGGAAGGAUUCGCCAGCAGGUUUUAUUCUUCACUCCGAAACCGAACCUGAAUUCAUAUGGGGUUUAAUUCCCAAUCCGAAUUACAAGGCACCCUCUGGAAGAACUGGAAGAUUUCUGGAUACUUCGUCCUCAGUUGGCAAGCAGGAUCUCGUCAAGCAAAAUAACAAUUCUGACGAUGACCUGGUAAAAGAGAAUGACGACGGAAAAGGAAGUCUACACAAGGCAACCAAAUACAAUGCACGCUAUCCACUCACACCACCUUCGCUAAGAUUCAAAUUCGGCGUGAUAGCUGAUCUGGAUAAGAAAUCACUGUCCGGAGGUGGUCAGGAAUUCAAAGCUUAUUUGAAAGAGGGGUUCAUCAAGGUGGCACAGAAUCUGGAAAAACCUGAAGAAUCUGAAAUUGACGUCGAAUGGAAACCCGAAUCCGAAAUACAAAUUAUAAAAACCGGUUUCAACUAUGGAGGCCGAGGUCUCGAACUGUCCACUUUGAACGUUUUCAAUGGAAAGAUAUACUCUUGCGGAGAUAAGACAGGAAUCGUCUUCGAACUUUUGGUCAACGACACAUCCAUUGAUGUCACUCCUGUACCCUGGGCAAUUCUCGCCGAUGGUAACUCCUCUUCCGGGAAAGGAUUCAAAUGCGAGUGGGCCACCGUGAAGGACGAAUCUCUUUGGAUUGGUGGACACGGGACCAGUGGAGGUCACAAGUAUCUCAAAAUCGUGUCCCCGUCCGGCCAAGUGGAACAUGUCGACUGGACUCAAAAUUAUGCAAAGUUGGCCGCAGCGGUUAAAAUUAGUUCGCCAGGAUACCUCACCAAUGAGGCGGCUGCAUGGAGUGAGACGCUGAAAAAAUGGGUUUUCGCGCCAAGAAAGAUUAGCAAGGAGGCUUUCAAGGAGGAGACGGAUGAGAGAUCUGGGUCAAACACGGUGCUAAUUGCGGAUGAGGAUUUUAAUGAGAUUCAAAUGAUUAAAGUGGGCGAAUUGAUACCGACGCAUGGAUUCUCCAGUAUUAAAUUCAUUCCUGGAACGGAGGACAAGAUCAUGGUGGGAAUAAAAUCUGUGGAGGCGGAAAAUGAAACGGAGAGCUAUAUUAUGGCGUUUGAUCUGAAGGGGAACGUGUUGCUUAAUGAGACCUUGUUCGCAAGUGAUAAAUACGAAGGGGUGGAGUUCUUUUAAUUUGAUCUUGUUUUAUUUGAAAAUCGUUGAUUCUGGUUUUGAAUUGAUUCAAUUAUGUCAAUGAUAUGCUGCAUAUACUAAGCUAGUAAGUAAAUCAUUAUGAAAUCUCUUUGAUUAAGUUUAAAAUUGAUGUACAAGCCAGAAAAUGUGUUUAAGUUUGCAUUCCAAAAUUUUAUGAAAAUUAUACGACUGCAAGUAAUAACAAUAAAUAUAUUGAAUCAUGGCUUAU